AUUAAAUUAUGUUAUGUAUGACAUGCGAAGUGAAUUGAAUAACUUUACAUAUUAUUGUUUAUAUGUGUGUAUAUAUUUUUGCCACCUGCUGAAUACAUGUUUAAGCCACAAGUGGAAUGUUGGGAAUGUUACACCACUUUUAAGUGAUUUCCAUUUCACUGUAUUGCAUACAACUUCAAGAUUUAUAUACUUUGUCAUUGUGUCUCGCCCCAGAGCUUGUGUCGCAUAGAAAAUUAGUUCUUCUUCCCUGCCGAGGGUUUUCACUAAUAUUGUUCAAUUAUAAACCAUCCAAAAGCUCAGGGAAACUGAAACGGAAUGAGUCGAACAUAAUACAACUUGAAAGUGAUCUAUUUGAAGUUCAUACAGCUGUCCUCACUACAGUCCCUUGUGUGAGAUGCUUUAUGAUGGCUGCAACUAUUACUGUCUUCCUUUUUUGUGUGUUUCUCCUGCAACAGAAUAGAGCAAACUCCAGCACUUGUGAGUCACAGUACUAUGAUGAAACCAAACAAGUAGCAGAAGAUCAUUUUGCAAAUAUCAGCUAUUCUCUGAAUAUUAUUGACGGUCCACAGUACUUACCCAAGCUGAAAGCAGCAUAUAAUGUGUGCCAAGGAGACAAAAUCUCACUUCAGUGCAUGUUUGUCUGGAAUAAAGAGUCCAGCAAAGUCACCGCAAUGCACUGGGUGUCGAAAAAUGAGACAAUAUGUUUCACAAAGCAUGGCGACCUCAGCAAAGCAGCUUUCAAGUUUGAGAUGCACAUUACUUUGCUAAUCAAACGAUCGUUCAAGCUGAUUGAGCUCUCCAUUGCGGAUGGCGAUGGGUUAUACAAACCAUUACGAAUUUUUCACCUUGAUGUUCUCUAUCCCCCCAAAGUAAAACUUUUCACAGUGGACGGCAGUGAAGUGGGUGAUGUAUAUCUCAUUAAUGAAGAUCAGAAGGUCACUGUUGUCUGCUCCUUCGACAAGGGAAAUCCUCCUACCAGCUUCCGUUUGUUGGACAGAAGAGGGAAGGAUCUAGAAAGUAUUGAAGAUGCAGACCACUUUAGCCACUCAUUUGCUGUUAAAUGUGAAGAUGAUUGGCCAAAGGUUCGGUGUGAAGGAGUGGGUUCGAAAUACAACAGAUCUGUAUCAUUUCUUUUUAGAUGUAAGGGCAUAAUAUUUCUUUAUAAUUAGAGGUGUCAUUUUUGUUUUCAUCAAUUUGAUGGCAAUGAGACAAAAAUUGGAAAAUUUUAGUUACUCUUUAUUGAAUUAUUCGCUCUAGAAAUAAUAUUUUCGCGUAAUUUGCAUAAGAAAACAGGUUGUGAAAGUAUUGGGAUAAUUAAAGCGAUAUAAACAUGUUUUGACUGUUUCAGGUCC